UGUGUUUACUUGGCGCAGCUGAUAGCGCCAGAGCGAGAGGAGAAGACAGGGCUUGAGUUGACGGUGAGACAGAUUACCACGGGGACUCGGAAUUAUUUGCAGCCGGUUUACUGCCAGCGUUUGGCGCGUUGAUGUGAACGACCGAUGCAUUUUUAGCCCCGGUAAAUUCAGCAAAAGGCCCACGCACGCUCCCGCAGCUUAAAAUGGAACAAACAGGACGCCUCGCGCUACUCUCGAUUCAGUGAUCAGAUCAUGAGAAGAUGGGACUGAAUUGAGCUGAACUCUUGCAGCACAGUAGGACCAUUAACCAGCCGGAGAUCUAACUAUAAACUCCCAAAGUGACCUCAAAAAGUGGCACAGCUACGCCUGUAAUCAACAGGAGUUCCACUACAAACUUCAUCUAACUUCAAGCUUCUCAGGGGGUGAUGGAGAACUGAUGACUGAAGACCAUCAGGCGACAGAAGGUCGAUCCUCUCACCUGCCUGCCAGCGGACAUGGCAGGGCUCAAACGUCAUCAUGAUGGGAAGAUUGCUGGGCUGUACGACCUGGAUAAGACACUUGGCCGUGGUCACUUUGCUGUAGUCAAACUGGCUCGUCAUGUGUUUACUGGGGAAAAGGUUGCAGUAAAAGUGAUAGACAAAACAAAGCUAGACCCAGUGGCCCGGGGUCACCUUUUCCAGGAAGUGCGAUGCAUGAAAAUGGUGCAGCAUCCCAAUGUGGUGCGCCUUUACGAGGUCAUUGACACAGCCACCAAGCUCUACCUCAUCCUGGAGCUGGGCGAUGGUGGAGACAUGUACGACUGCAUCAUGAAGCAUGAAGGAGGCCUCAGUGAAGAGGUGGCCAAGUGUUAUUUUGCCCAAAUUGUCCACGCCAUUUCCUACUGUCAUCGGCUGCAUGUAGUUCACAGGGACCUGAAGCCUGAAAAUGUGGUGUUUUUCGAGAAGCAAGGUGUAGUCAAGCUCACAGAUUUUGGAUUUAGCAAUCGCUUUCAGCCUGGGAAAAACCUGAACACCUCCUGUGGCUCGCUGGCCUACUCAGCUCCUGAAAUACUGCUGGGGGACGAGUACGAUGCUCCCGCUGUGGAUAUCUGGAGUUUGGGGGUGAUCCUCUUCAUGCUGGUUUGCGGUCAGCCCCCCUUUCAGGAGGCUAACGACAGCGAGACGCUCACUAUGAUCAUGGACUGCAAAUACACAGUGCCUCCGCACAUCUCCCAUGCAUGCAGAGACUUGAUAGGUCAUAUGCUGCAGAGGGACCCCAAGAAACGAGCGACCUUGGAGCAGAUCGAAGGGCAUGAAUGGCUUCAAGGUGUUGACCCCUCCCCAGCUACCAAGCUGUCGACCCCUCUGGUGUCCCAUCGUAGCGUGUCUGAGGAGGAGCAUGGCUCCAUCAUCCAACGCUUGGUGUUGGGAGGCAUUGCAGACAGAGACACCAUUACUGAGGCUCUGGAGUCAAACCAGUACAAUCACAUCACAGCCACCUAUUUCCUGCUGGCGGAGAGGAUGCUGAGGGAGAGGCAAGAAAAGGAGCAGCACAGCCAGACACGAUCGCCCAGCCCCAGCAAGGCCCAGUUCAGGCAAUCUUGGCCCACUAGAGUGGAUGUUCAUCAGGAUGUCAGCGAUGGUCUAGGAGGUCCAGCUAUGUCGCACCCAGGGGGCCCCCAAUCCCCUGCUCGUAGUGCUGAGAGCCUCCACAAAGGUCCCAGACCCAAAACAGCUCUGCUGGACCUCAAUCAGCGACAGGAGAACCACACUUCAGCUUCCAGUCAAGAGCAGCCUGCACGACAGAACCAGGAGAGGGGUCUAAGGCCUCUGGCAAAGCCCCACUCCAGUCCCCUCAGGCUGGGUUCUCUAGCUUCCGUGGGCCCUUGCAAGCCACGUAGUCCCAGUCUUUUUAGUGUGGAAGAGGAUGAGGAAGAAGGGGCAGAGGACAAAUGUUUGCCUCCCUCUACGCUGCCUACCCAAGUGGUACUUCGUUGCAAAACUGCCUCCUCAUCGUCAUCUACAUCUUCCGGUAAUCGCAUGACAUCACGUAUGAGUGCCCCAGUUCUUAAUCAGAUCCACGAGGAAGAUAAAGAGGAUGAGGAAGAGGACGAAAGAAGAGAGUUGCAUGGGCUUGGUCCGCCUAAACCCAGCCUCAGCCUCAAUCUGAACUCUAGAAUACCGUCACCUUUAACAUUAAUGUCAUCACCUAAAGCUGCUGGUGUAACAGCACCUGUUGCCACUUUCACUCCCAGCUCAGAGACAAGUGAUGAAGAGACAGAAAGUCACUUUAAAUCUGACACCUUAACUGUUGGUGGACCAGAGGAUGAGAGAGAAGGGAGGGAAGAUGAUGUAGAAAGAAGGGGGACAGGACAGGGCAGUCCCUCCAACUGUACUAGUCCAGGAUCAGGGUCAGGCCAAGGUAAGGGAACAGCCAAAGCAGCUAGUGGGCUGGUGGAAAGCCUGAAGCUGAUGAGCCUGUGCCUGAGCACUCAGUUCCACAACCUGACUGGAGGAGGAGGAGGAGGAGGCGUUGGUGGUGGUAGCGGCGGUGUUGGUGGGGACUCCCAGGACCGUCCCAUGUGGAGGAUGUGCAUGGGUGGCUCUACAGGCAGCUUAGAUAAAGUCUCACUCCUGGGUGGCCCUUCACCCAGGGCCAACCCUUACCACCAGCCCCCGCUGGGAGACACAUUGGGAGAUCCACUGCUGGAUGGCCCCUGCUCGGGAACGUUGAGGCUGGGAGAGCUAGACCUUGCCAGGGAAAACCACAGGAACAUGAAGAACCGUGUAAUGCAGAUGCCUCUGAACGAGAAAACUCUGUCUGUCAACAUUCACCGAAGCCCCAAAGAGGGUCUUCUCUGCACCCCCACCCCACACAGCUGCUGCCAGGUCAUAUAGGCCCAAGCUGUGUCAUCUUGUGCACCUCCACACUCCAACUCUCAUAGUCACACAUCUUUUUUUUCAGUUCUGUGAACACUGUCUCAUGAGUUUACAGUUUGUUCAUUUGUUUUGCUGUUUCUUUUUAAUUAACACUAAAUGGUGGAAAGCUAGGGGAAAGUCUAAAUGCCAAAAUUGCACAAUAAUAGACACAAAAAGUCUCAAUGGGGGAGACUUGGUGUAAUUAUGUGAAGCACUUUGAGCUGAUUAAGCAGAACACUUUGAGGUGGCAUUUCAUAUAUGAGAGGAGGCACAUACUAGAGGUGCUUACAACUCUACUUCUACGCACUUAUAUUGUAAGUAUACAAUGUUCACACCUGUAUCACUCAAAUAAGCUGUUAAAGAGGGAAAGCAGAUCAGUUUUAGUGUCAUGUUACAUAUCCUUUUGUUCUACUCUGGUGUUUUUAUGAGCUUAGUUUUUAAAUUAUUUUUGAGACAAUAAUUUUAUCUUUUUUUUUAUCUGAAUGAAAGAUUUAAGUUAUGACUGUUUUCGUUCAAAUGAGGACAAAUACAGGGUGAAAACAGACAACUGCACUUGAUGCAUGAUGGUGGCACACAAAAUUUUGUAGUCCAUCACUGUUUUAUUUUUUUAUCUUGAACAUAUACUGCAGAAAGAAAAUGCACACUCACUUGUCAAAUCUCUGUUGAUCGAAAGCAGUUUGUAGAUAUGUGAAUAGCUUAGCAGUACUCUGUACCUGUAGUAUUAACAGUAAAGUCGUAUUGCAGUAUAGACCUGAAUGCUUAUCCUUAGAGACCAUUGUUCUUCAUUCCUACUGGAUAUUCAAGGUUUUGGUUGAACCCAGGGUUAAAGUGCUUGAUGGUGUUAAAAGAACAGAUUUUAAACCUCCACUCAACGUGCAAUGGCAGCUUUAUGAAAUCAGAGUUUCCGCUCUAUUUGUGUUCGGUGGAAACAAGAUCAAACACCGGGUCGAACCAAAACCAUGUACGUCCUGUAGCUUUCCAGGAUCACAGUAGCCACUGUUGUAGCGUAUUCCAAGACAACAAUCAAGGGGUUUUAACAGAAAAGAAGAACACCACCCCUCUUUUCAAGUGUUGGUCUGUGUAACUGGAUUUGUGACCCACCCAUAGUGGAAUAUAUAACUUGACAGUGCAUGUGUUUUGCUGUAGCAACCUUAUUUCUAACCCACCGAGGUGAAACCACCUGUUGUAUCAAACUAAGUAACAGAUUCAAAUGGUCACUUUACUGUAACCUCACAGCAAUACCAGCGACUACAAAAUGUAAAACAAUGGAUGUGCCAUAAAAUCUGUCUUGAGCAUAUUGUACUGUAUGUAUGUAUAUGAUAGAGAUCUAUUACAAUAAAAUUAUGUGAAUGAA